UAUUUUCGGUCAUCCAUUAGAUUUGUUUGCUAUUUGUUCCAGGCAGUAUCGAAUUUGUUUACUAUUGCUAGCUAGCUAACCGCUAACUGGCUAGCUACAUAGCAGUACUAAAUUUGUUUUUUAAAACCAUAUCGUCAUAAACGUUUAAUAUAACGCUAGCUGGUUUUAAUAUUAGUUCGCUAAAAUAGUUUGCUAAGAUGGCUUUCUUGAACUUUCUAGCCAGCCAGCUAGCAGUUACCUAGCUAGCAAGACGUACUAGUUGGCUAGUUUUAAAAUUGCUUGUGUGAAACACAUCUGGUGGUGACAAAUAUGCAAUGUUGUUCUGCAGUGCUUUCAUAUUAUUGCAAGCGACUCAACAAUAUUGCAUAGAUUAAAGGAAGAAGUAUAAAGGCGUAACCUCUGGAGGUUUUGAGGUCUUACGUGCGAUAUUCUUUUAACACUUUGAACCCUGUUUCCACGGCGGUAAUAGUUGGCCGAUACUGUUACCUAUCCACAAACAGGCAGAAAAAGACCGAGCACUUCGAUAUUGUCUGUUAGGACAAGCUCACCUUUCAGACACUUUUUGUUGCAACAUUUUCCUAUCUGCCAUUUAUGGAUAAUAAUGGCAAUGGCCAGCUUCCACACUGACGUUUUUAAUCUCUCUUUAGGUGGAUCUUCUGUGUGGCUUGUGAUCCAGGUUCAAGUAUUACAGACGGUGAAGAGAUUGUUGUUGCUGAUUCAUGUCAGUUGACUUUAACAGGUUGUUUAAAAAGGCGGGGGAAUACCUAGUUACAGGAGACUUAUGUAAAGUAGUGCAUAUUUUCACUGGAUAAUUUGUUUUGCAUUAAAAUGUUACAAAUCAGUGGUUAGCAACUGUCCUCCUGAAGAUAUGCAUUUUUGCAGUUUAGUUCUGGUUGCUCUCCUGCUGGCAGUGGCCUGGGCUGACCACCACGAGAGGCUUGAUCAUGGACAUCAUUCAGCAGAUCACCAUAAACAUCUUCACCAUGGCAAAGAUGAACCCCACCCUCAGCAUGAUAGAGGAGACAAGUCCUGCCACAUACUCUCAUCUCAAAAUGCUGACUUUGCCUUUUCUCUCUACAAAAAACUGGUCAGCCAGCCUGAUGCCAAAGGCAAGAAUAUUUUUUUCUCCCCACUGAGCAUCUCCAUGGCUCUGUCCAUGCUGGCCCUGGGGGCCAAAGGUGAGACCCACUCACAGAUUUUCAGCUCACUGGGCUACAGUAACCUCACAGCCACUCAGGUCAAUGAAGCCUAUGAGCACUUACUGCACAUGCUGGACCACAGCCAGGAUGCCAUGCUGUUGGAGGCAGGAAGUGCUGUGGCUGUCCGAGAAGGCUUCAAGCCUGUAGAAAAGUUUCUGAAGAAUGCUCAGCACUUCUACCAUGGAGAAGCCUUCAGUGUAGACUUUUCCAAACCAGACAUUGCUGUGCAGGAGGUCAACAAAUUCAUUGCCAAAAAGACCAAAGACAUGAUCACUGACAUGAUCAAGACUCUGGACCAAGACACUCUGAUGAUGCUGAUCAACUAUAUGUAUUUCAGAGGUAAAUGGGAAAAGAUUUUUGAAGUGAAUAACACCCACAAAGCUGACUUCUAUGUGGAUGGUAACACAAAGGUGACAGUGGACAUGAUGAAGAGAACUGGCCGAUAUGAAUUCUAUCAGGAUCGAGAGAACUUCACUUCUGUCAUCAUGGUGCCCUACAAAGGAAAUGCGUCCAUGAUGAUCAUUCUACCUGAUGAAGGAAAAAUGGAAGAGGUGGAAAAAUACAUGUGCAAGCAUCACCUCAAGUACUGGCAUGACAAACUUUUGAGAAGCAAUGUAGAUCUGUAUAUGCCCAAGUUCUCCAUCUCUGCUUCCUCCUGUCUUGGGGACACGCUGAAGGAAAUGGGAAUAGUUGAUGCAUUUUCAGACAGUGCAGACUUCUCUGGAAUCAGUGAGAGCAAAGUGGUCAUUUCCAAGGUCCUUCACCAGGCAGUUCUCAAGGUUGAUGAGAAAGGCACUGAAGCAGCUGCUGUCACGACUCUAGAGAUCAUGCCCAUGUCUUUGCCAGACACCAUGAACCUCAACAAACCCUUCCUAGUCUUUAUAGUGGAUGAUAGCACCAAGAGCAUCCUCUUUAUGGGCAAGAUAACCGACCCCACUGCAUAGUGGCGGACAUCUCCCACACAUUCUACCAAACAAUCUGUGUGCUAUUGAACUACACUCAUUUGACUUAACUCUGUCAAAUUUUUUUUUAUUAUAUGAGAGGAAUUAUAAGUUAAAUGUUUUGCCAGCAACAGGGUUUAAGGAAGGUCUUCACUGAGG